CGACAAACUCCACCUCCUUCCGAGUCCGAAACGUUCCUUGCGCCCAGAUCGCUUGCGCCGGCUGAGCCUGAUUGUGAUCCAACGACCUCUGACACGCAAGCGCCCGAGACCCUCGACCAUCUUCUAUGCCAGUCCGGUCGCCAGCCCAACGCUGGCACGUUGUGUCGGUUGCUGUCACUGAGGCUUCGCAUCACUAUCUGAAACCCACAUAUUAAAUCUCCGGCAAUCCGAGCACAUCGUCUCGAGCAUCUCUUUCUCUUCCCUCCCUCCCGUCUGUUUUUGUUUUUCUGUUCCUUCUCGGUGGCAGCGCCAUCCCGUACUUUUACUCGUUCUCUUCACCAUGCUCGCUGCUCUGCUUCCUCUCCUUUCCGCCCUGGCGCACCCCGCCCUCGGCGCCCCGCUGUUCGGCCUGGGCGGCGGCACCGCGAGCCCCGCGACGGGCAGCACGACGGCCUUGACCCUCGCGAACGUCGAGUCCACGCUCCUGCGCCCCGCGCAGUUCGCCCGCGUCGCGUACUGCUCGAGCGCGUCGAUCAGCAACUGGACGUGCGGCGCGCCGUGCCAGGCGCUGCAGAACGUGACCUUCCUGCAAGCCGGUGGAGACCAAGGCCGCAUCCCUCUUUAUUUCAUCGCCCAUGACGCGUCGGACAACAGCCUCGUUGUGGCCCACGAGGGAACGGACUCGAAGAGCAUUCUGUCCAUCCUCAACGAUGUCCAGUUCGGCCUCGUCGACCUCAACGCGACGCGAUUCCCCGCGCAAGCCGGCAAGGGCAUCAAAGUGCACAGCGGGUUCCAGCAGACGUUCGAGCGGACGGCCGACGGCCUGCUCGCCGGUGUGCAGAAGGCGCUGGCGUCGACCGGGUCCAAGAAGGUCGCCGUGACAGGCCACAGUCUCGGCGCCGCGCUCGCGACGAUGACGGGCGCGUUCCUCAAGAGCGCGGUGGACCCCUCCGUGCAGGUGUCCGUGACGGGCUUCGGGCUGCCGCGGGGCGGGAACCAGGCGUGGGCGGACUUCCUGGACGGGCAGGUCGGGGUGAGCUUCAUGACGAACCAGCACGACCCCGUGCCGACCGUGCCGCCGCGGUUCCUCGGCUUCCAGCACUCGAGCGGCGAGGUGCACAUCACCGACGCGACGCAGCAGAGCUUCGUCACGUGUCCCGGGCAGGACAACAAGAACUGCGCCGAGGGCAACUCGUUGCUGUCGUCGAAUGUGACCAACCACAAGGGCCCGUACUUCGAUAACAUCGAGUUUGGGCGCUCCGCGUGCCCGGAUGGCCAGUAGGCGGCCGGUCGUACAUAGCAUAGCCAUCAUCCAUGCAACAUCAUCACUGGAUUAUCGCAUGGAAUUCAGCGAAGCAAGCGGUGUGUCGAAAACACCGGUGUCACAAA